CUCAGUAGGACUUAAAUUGAAAAAGACAACAAGGACAAGGUACUGCCAGAACCUCAAUCAACAAGCAACAUGAACACUAUUCUCUCUUGCCAAGACCAGUACUUUGCAGGGGGUCAGGGCUAUGACUGCCCCUACUUCUCUUCAAGUUCUGCCUCCAGUGUUGAUGUUUCCAAGGAUACUUGGGUUUCUCUUUGGGCUUCUGGUCUCCUGGACAACAAAGCGAGCAACCAAGGUCCACACUCCGAUGAACAAUCAUAUAACAUUGGUAACACGCUUCAGGAUGAUUACUUAUGGGGUAACCAGCUGUCUUCUCAGAUUUUUACAAAUAUACAGCUCCAAGACUCUCUUGUGCAAAAAGACGAGGAGUUGGCCAGACUGCAACAGGAAAACCUUAAACUGAAACAGUACUUGAACUCCACUUAUGUCAAAUCUUUAGAGGAAAAAACUAAGAAAUUGUUGGCCCAAAUUGGCCAUUCCUCUGGUGCUUCGCUAAAAAGGAAAGCCAGAAUAAGCAGCCUCUUAUCCCCUGAGAGCCAGAUGAAAAAGGCCAAGAGAAAUCUCUACAAUGACUUCACUGCCUGUGAACAGCACACAUGUCCUGCGGUAGAUACCUGGGUCUUGAAAACCUUGGGUCUGAAAGAUGCUAAUACAAUCGAUGACUCUGCCUCAACUAACUACAGUUCUCUGCCUACUGACCUUCCCCACAGCAUGCAGGAGGUAGACUACACCAAGGUGCAUGAUUCCCCUUCAUCUGGGUACAGCACAGCCAGUGUUACCCCAAUCCACAGCCAGACCAGCAGCAUCUGUGACUCCCCAUACCUACAUUCCUUAUCUCCAACCCAGUGCAGCAUCUCCUCCUCAUCCCUUCCAGGAAGUCAACCUGUCAGCCCAUUCCCUACCCCAGUCUAUUACAGUCCAGAGGUUGCCCCCAAUACUACAGACAUGGCCUUCUCCACUUCCUUGAGCCCCCACAGAAAUGUGAAAACCCAUACUUUCUCUCAAGGACAAGCUUUCGUAAGGAGGGAUAGUGAAGGAGGCUGGAAGUUCACAUGGGUACCCAAACAGUCUGAAUAAACUUUAAAAGGUAACCUCAGACGCCAGCACUGCCCAAAAUAUGUUGCACUUGAUUCUCCUAGGAGAAGAUUAUUUACAUGAAGACCUGUUGGGACAUUAUAUGGACAUUACCACCAGACUAUUUGUUUUCCAGAAGAAAUUAAUGCUAAAUGUCUUAAGCCUUCUCAGUCCCACGAAGGAAUCUUCAUUUGUUUACAUGCUAUAUGUCUGUCUACUUUUUCCAUGAAAAAAUAAUGUAGAAUAUGCUAACAGUAUUUAUUUCUGUAAAUUUGUUUGUGCAAUUAAUGCCAGUGCAGUCCUAUUUUAUACUGGACCAGCUGUGCCCUUUUACCUGCUGCCUGGACUGAAAUAUCUAAUUAUUCUGCCUAAAAAGUCGACACUGCCUUAUUUUGUACAUGAAUGUGAUUUUUCUUGGCACAUGAAGACAUCACUGCCCAAAUUAUCUGCCGCAGCUGCUGUGGACUGCCACUCUUGUCACUGCCAGACAAGGCUGCCUCAUUGAAGAA